AUGGUAUCAUUAAGAUUAGAUAAUAAUAGAUAUAUAGCUUUUAAUCAAGAUUAUGGCUGUCUGUGUAUGGCCAACGAAAAAGGAUUUAAAAUUUACAAUACAAAUCCUUUCACUCAAACAUAUAGUAGAGAUUUAACUGAUCGGAAUAAAAAUGGAUUAUACAUAGCAGAAAUGCUUUAUCGUUGUAAUAUUUUAGCAAUAACCGGAAACAAAAAUGAUAGAAAAGGAAAAUGGGCAAAAAAUGUUUUAAUAAUAUGGGAUGAUAGACAAAUGAGAGAAAUAGCAAAAUUGACAUUUUCAUCAAACAUUAUUGGUGUGAGAUUAUUAAGAGAAAUAAUUGUGGUUAUUUUAGAAUAUAAAUUAUGUAUAUACAGAUUAAAAGAUAUAAUAUUAUUAGAAACCCUAAAUACAGCAAAAAAUCCAUCAGGAUUAUGCUGCUUAUCAAACAUUGAUAAAAAUAUUAUUAUUGCAUAUUUGUCACCUAUAAAAGGUCGAGUUAAUAUUCAUAUAUUUGAAAAAAAUGCUAGUGAGAAUGUUCAUGAAGAACUCCCUUAUAUAAAUUUUAAAACAGAUUUAAGUAUAUAUGCUCAUGAUAAUCCAAUUGCAUGUAUAAAUUUAAGUAAUGAUGGAAAACUAUUGGUAACCGCUUCCACAAAAGGAACAAUUAUAAGAUUAUUUAACACAUUCGAUGGAAGUAUAUUAAACGAAUUUAGAAGAGGUACUAAAACGGCUAAAAUAUUAUCUUUAAAUAUCAGUAAUGAUAAUAAUUGGCUGUGUUUAACUUCAAAUAGAAAUACUGUACAUGUAUUUUCUAUAUAUAAAAGAACCCGACCACCACGAAAAGUAGAUAUAAUAUCUAAAGGAAAAAAUAUAUCAUCACAUGUUAUGCUAAAUUAUGAAAAAGAACCAAAAAAUAAAAAAUCAUCUAUUAAAUGUUUAUUACCUUGUCAUCCAUACUUAAAUAGUGAUUGGAGCUUUUCAUCAUAUAAAAUCCCCGGGAAAAAAAUAUCAUCAAUUUGUGCAUUUGUAAGCGACCAAAAUUGUAUUAUUGUUAUAUGUUCAAAUGGAUUAAUUUAUAAAUUGAGAUUUAAUGAACAUAUAGGAGGAGAGAUGCUUAAGAUAUCUUCCCAUAGCUUUGAUUAA